CAAACGGAGAAGGUGAUUUAUCACCAAAUUCAGUCUUCUGUUCACAAACGCCUCAGCCGUAUCGGAGAAAGUGGCAUUCGAUUGCAGUUUGAACCGCAUCGUAAAGAUGUUCCGAUUAUCCAACGCGCUUGUUUUGGGGUUGCUUUCCCUCGCAACGGUAACACUGGCCCAGCAACUCGAGCUGGCAAAGAAUUACAUCUGCACCGAAGACUUUUGUGACAACUACCGUGAAAGCAACGAGUGUGAUGCACUGAAAACGGCUUGCCGAGUGCAGAAUGCUACGCACAAUGGGAUCAUCUUCCCGUCGGCGACCCCUUGCUCCUGCUGCAAGACCUGUGUGGAGAACCUAAAGCUUGGCGAUGACUGUUCGGUGGGCGGGUUGGGCUAUCCAGUGCCGGCUGGAAUUUGUGGCCCUGGGCUGUACUGUAAGGUGGCGGAAGGUGAUGAGCAUCCCACCUGUCAACCGAUGUUAGAAUCGAGCAAGUGCUAUACAGCUCAGAAGCAAUUUGACGAUCAACGGCAGGCCGGCUUGAUUGGGCAUCUGAUGCAACGUCCAGAGUGUGAUGGGGAUGGACACUUUCAGCCGGUUAGAUGCAUUCCAGGACAGACGUGUUACUGUGUGGAUGAAGAGGGUAAGCGGAUCUUUGGAGAGGCCGUCCACACCGCAAGCAUUCAGAUCUCGAUGAGAUGUGAAUGCUCCCGACUGGCGGCAAAGGCACGCAAGCUGCUCAACUCGCAAUAUCCCGUACUGACGUCACGCUGUGACUCGAAAGGUUCGUUCGAUCAGCUGCAGUGCGUCGACGAUAUGUGUGUCUGCGUGGACAUGCACACCGGUCGUCCAACUUCUGACCUUCGCAACGUUACCCGGGGUCUUUCCGCGCUACCAUGCUUCGAUAAAAGGCUGCACGAAAAUACGACCUACUUGCGGGACUGCGAAAACGUCAAGAUCACCCAAAUCUACGACAUCAGCGAGUACGCGACGGAAGACUACAACGUGCUCGAGUUCGAGCGUGACAUCUGCCAGCCGGACGGGUUCUACGAUCGCAUCCAGCUCCAUCCGACCGGUGGCUACCUGUACUGUUCCGAUCGGGACGGUGCCCCGAUCGAGAGCUACCGGGCGCCAGUCAACUCACGCCUAGCAACGACCAUGAACUGCAAAUGUGCCCGUGCGAGAAAGCUGCUGAUCGAUAGCAAAAGCCUGGAGGUGCCCGAGUGUUGCCCGAACGGGAACUACAAGCGGUUGGCAUGCCGGCGCGGCGAGUGCUACUGUGUGGACGAGGACGGGGGCCAGGUUGGGGUGGAACGGCCGGAAAAGGACAAACAGCGGCUGCCCUGCUACAAUGAGGGAGAUUAUUGUCCGGUUUCGUGAUGGCCAGGGCCAGUUGUUUGUUGAAUUUUAAUGCCGAGACCUUGGUCCACGCUAGUGAGCAUCUGUUAUGACACGUGUCAAAGGGUGGUUGUGAAACGAACAACGAACAUACGAUGGUCAAUAAACAAAGCGUCUUGAUGUGCGCUUGAAAAUUAAACAUUAA